AUGUCCUCCAUCUCCACAUUUGAAUAUUAUGAAACGCAGCCUCUAGAAGUCCGUGUUUACAGUCCGUGUUUACAGUCCGUGGACUUCCUGCGUGUCGUCUCAGACCGCGGCGGGAACGAGAUCUGCCAACCGCCUGCCCAGGGCAGGAUCAGUCACGGUAACACUGACCUGAGAGUGUGUGGGGGGUGGGGUCAGGGUCCAGGGAGUCUAGAUAGAAAGUCCACAGAGAGUCCACAGAGAGUCCAUAAAGUCCAGAAAAAGUCCAAAGAGUCCAGAGAGAGCCUCUGGAGGCCCUCUGGAGGACCCCUGGAGGACCCUCUGGAGACCCUCAUGGAGGACCCCCUGGAGGCCCUCAUGGAGGAUCCCCUGGAGGCCCUCUGGAGGCCCUCUGGAGGCACCCUGGAGGACCCUCUGUAG